GUUCUUUUGAUUGAACAUUUAGUAAUUAGUUCGCCAAUUUUUUCGCCAAAAAAUGGCUCCUAAACCCCGGUCCGUCGCGCCUGUCGCACCCAGAAAACGCCGGAGGGGGAUUGUUAAAAAGACAACAGAGCAACAAUCACCAGACUCCAUCGAUUUGGUUGCUCUUCAGCAUACAGUUUCUCAAUUGCAAACGCAAUUGGCUGCUUUAACAGUUCAACAACCCCAAUUUCCCGUCCCACCUGGAUCUUCACCUUCAGUCACUACUCCCGCGCUGAUUGACCUUUCCAUUCCGGAGCCCAGCACGUCAUUUAAACCGCCAUCCAAUCUAUGUUUACCCACACUUGAUAAUCCUACGUUAAAAUUACUGUCCGAUCGUCAUGGGUUCAUUAAUUUGCAUAAACUACUACCGGUUAACAGAGGCGUAGAAUCAGUUUCCGAUCAGCCUAUGUAUGUGCCUGAUAAUGACGGUAAAUUAAUUCCCACCACCACUGUGCCUAAUCGCCGGAAGAUUGACACUUUCAACUCCUGGCUGGACGCAUUUUUGUUAUUUGCUCGUUACCGGGUUUAUUAUCAUCCUAGUCUGGCACUUGCGCUGUUCGCAUACAUUGACAUUAUUCGUGGCUUAUCAGUAUCUCGUCCUCUGUUAAUCUGGCUUGAAUAUGAUCGACGGUUUCGCGACAAGAUGAGCAACCGUGACAUUUCUGAUAAUGCUUGGUUCGUUGAAGAUUCGUCUGUCAUUGCUGAGGUCAUGCGUACUAUCCCACUGAGCUACACGGGUCCUCUUUUCCAAAAAGACGUCCGCUCGCCACCGCCUCCGGUUUCAGCGAAGCCGCCCUUUGGCUGUUAUUUGUGCCGCAGCUCUGAGCAUUACGCUAAUGUAUGCCCGCAGCGUCGUAACCCGUCUGAUGUAUCCGCUCCCGCACAGCGUUCCCCUACCGCCCUUUCGUCCACCCCGCGUUGCAGCUCAGCCCUUUCGUCCACCCCGCGUCAGCCCUUUCGUCCACCCCGCGUUGCAGUCUGCCGGGAUUACAACGCGGGGCGAUGUUCCAACCCGUGCCCCGGUCGUCGAUUGCACAUCUGUGAUGAAUGCUUCGACGCAACCUACACCCGACCUUUCCACUCUUCCUCGACCGCGUCUACCAACUAAUCCUUACACUCCACUACAGCCCUAUAAAUUCCUUGGCUAUCUACGUGAGUACCCCAAUCGUGGCGUUGUAUAUCAGUUUAUAACAGGUUUGCUGUAUGGUUUUUCCAUUGGAUACACUGGCCCAAGUUUAGCUCGUCAUACUGCC